AUGAUUUUGCAGAAUACUGGGAUAUUGGUGACGCAUCGUACCGUUACCUUCACUGUGGUGCCAGAUUUUGGUAUGUCGAGCGACUGGGAAAGCCAUCUAACCCUAGGGUUCCAAAAAUUGGUCUUGACCGAUGAGGAAAUAAAGAAUCUCGCUUUGGCAGAGGUCGAAAAGAUUUUGCGACGCCGUGGGAUGAGUUUACGCGACUAUGUCUUCCUUUUAUUGGAGAACAGAGACGCGUCACAACUCACAAACGUAUCCCGUCGCCGGUGCCCAGAUAUUCCGUUCCGAAAGCAUCUUUCAUCUUUCUCCGACAAACUUCACAUACCCUUCAACUUCAAGAACCGUAACAAGCCGUUUCCCUUCUGA